AUUCAAGUCAUAAUAUGACAUUAAGGAAUACUAUUUAAACAUGGAUACAUUAAUAAAGGAUGUAUAUGAUGUUUUAACUAAUAAAACUGAAAAUGAAUUACCUUCACAAGAUAAACUUGUAAAAUAUCAGAACACAUAUAGAUUAGAAUCAAAAAACCCAUUCAAUGAAAAUAAAGCUUUGGCCGUUAUAAAAAAUGAAACUAUGAAACAUUUGAACAAUGAAACUAGAUAUGAUCCAGAUGAAGCAACAAGAAUCUCUGCAACUAUGUCACUAAGUAUUAGAGAUGAAAUUUGUGAAUUGGAUUUUGAAAGGUACAAAAUUGUCUGUAUAGUUGAAAUUGGAGAGAAAAAAUGUCAAGGAAUAAUGUCUAUCGCUAGAUUUUUACGCGACUUUAAUAAAGAUAAAUAUGUUUAUAGCAGUUUUGAAAAUCAUAAUUUGUUUGCAACUAUUAUGGUGGGAGCAUUUUAUUAUGAAUAAAUUAAGUAUAAUUUU